AAGUACUCGUACUCUGUACUCGACAUGGCACGUACCAAGCAAACAGCACGUAAACCUGCUACUGGCGGAGUGAAGAAACCACAUCGUUACAGGCCUGGCACCGUCGCUCUUCGUGAGAUCCGCCGUUACCAGAAAAGUACAGAGCUCCUGAUCCGAAAGCUGCCAUUCCAGCGUCUGGUUCGAGAAAUUGCGCAAGAUUUCAAGACCGACCUUCGAUUCCAGAGCUCCGCCGUGAUGGCCCUACAAGAAGCCAGCGAGGCAUACCUAGUAGGUCUUUUCGAAGACACCAACCUGUGUGCCAUUCACGCCAAACGUGUAACCAUCAUGCCCAAAGAUAUCCAACUUGCCCGUCGCAUCCGCGGUGAGCGAGCAUAAGUCGUAUGCCUA